AUGAAUGGGAAACGUUCUGUGCGAAGAAGUCCAGAUAAAGUCUUUCAAGAUAACUCCAAUUCUUUUGUCAAUAUUUCCAGUGGGUCAGCAGGAUCAAGUGGAGUGCAGGCAAAGAGCUGGUACUUGCGCAAUUCUGUGGGAAAUUGCCCCAGAAACUCUACCACCUCAUCUAGCCAAGAUGAAGAAGGACGAGAACAUGGAGGAAGUUCAUCAGACACAGGACAAAUGAAGUUUACCCGCGAAGUCAUUGCCAGGGAGAGCAGCUGCAGUACCUUGGCAUCCAACUCCUCAGCCUCUUCUCAACAGAGCUUGCUAAAGAAAAUAUGCAAUAUUCCUGGCCUUAUGAUGCUUCCUGUUAUCUGCCUCCUAGAAUCCGUCUUGGAGGCCUGUAUAUGUGUAAGAAACCAGCUCACCAUGGCAAACUGUUCCAAGUCUUUCAAGUUCUUGUUAAUAACAGCCCCGGUCAUCUAUGGUGCCAUUUAUUGUUUGUGUCAAUACAUGAAAUUGUCAGAUGGCCUGUCCUCCAAGGAGCUUGCACAGCUGUAUGAAAAUGAUCUGAAAUCGCUGUGGAAGUCUCAGAGUCUGCUUGAGGAACAAAUCCACGAAAUCCAAGGCCUUAAGAAAGAGGUGGAUCGCCUGCGUACCAAGAUCAGUGACAUCAAUGAAGGAUUCCUGCUUUCUGUAAAGCAAAUUCUUGAGGAGAGCAACAUCCCCGGAGAGAACAAAGAUCAAUUACUUGUAAUGAUCAACCAGGCUUUUAAGAAGAUUUAUGAGGAUCAUGUACAAAUGGCUGAUUGGGCUCAAAAAACAAUAGGAGCCACCAUUGAUAAGGACAGGACAUCGAAAAGUUAUGAUCCCAAGAACUGGCAUAUCUGCUGGUUCAUAUCUUCGUUCAUGUCUUCAGCAAAGCCCCCUGAUACUAUUCUACAGCCAGAUGUUUACCCUGGAAACUGCUGGUCCUUCCAAGGAUCUGAAGGCCAAGUAGUAGUUAAAUUGCCUGAAAAAAUCCAACCAACAGCCAUUACAGUUCAGCACAUCUCCAAAGCAAUCGCUCCUGAAGGAUGGGUCACCAGUGCCUUGAAGGACUUCUUGAUUUAUGGCCUAAACAAUGGAACAGAAGAAGAAACUCUUCUGGGGACAUUCAUGUAUGACAUCGAGAAGGAACCCAUUCAGACAUUCCAGCUGAAGAAUGAACAUGCAAACCAGUUUCUGUAUAUAAAGUUCAAGGUGCAGAGCAAUUGGGGCAACGCAAAGUUCACCUGCAUUUAUCGAGUCAGGGUGCAUGGGAAGAUGGUCAACUACUUGCGUUCUUUGGAUGAAGGCAGGGGGUGA